AUGAGCCUUUUGAAACUGCCUAUCGAAAUUGUCUCCCUCCUGGUUGAGCUACUCGAUGUUGAGGAUGUCUUCAAUAUGGCAUUGAGCUGCCGGUUUCUCAGCUGCAUUCUCUACGACAAACGGAUGUGCCGGCUUGCACUCAUGAUAUCCACGGCUGAAAUGACGGUUGACGUGCCGCUGCUCCUUAAGCUUGCAGUCCGUGAUUAUGAUCAUCUCAAACCGCAUACAAUUGAACCUCUGUACUUCGCUGAGGGAGUUUUGUCAUGCCUCGCCACCCAGGUGCUCGAAGAUUCGACCACGUGCAGUUGGCUCAUCAUAUUUGAGCUAAAGGAGAACCCCAGCUGGGUUGUUGUACAACGACCAUGCUCAACGCAUCCCAUAUUUGUACGUAACGACAAGAACUAUCUAUUCUGGGGCUCAAGAUCACAUUCGACGCUCGAAGGUUCCUACCGAUGGGGCCUCCAUUGUCUGAACCUCCAGACGCGCAAGUGGUCAGAUUCACAACUGAUCUUAUGGGACUUUCACGAGGCAAGUAUAGGAUCAGAUAUCUGCUUUGAGAUCAUCGAUGGCCAGUUCUAUUGCGUCUCAAAUAUGUUGAAAACACGGACUGAGCGUAGUGUGUGCAACAAUUUCUACCAGGUUGUACGAUUUCCCGUGCAUGAUGCAGCGCAAGAAAGAUGCGAAAAGCCUCCGAUGCGCAAUCUCUGGCGUCGCCACGAUUCUGAGGGCUUGGUAGAUGAGCGCUGGACAUCUCUACAAAUCAGCAAAAGCGAGCAAACAGGCAAAGUAUCUAUCGUCGAGAUACGCAAGGAGUGGUGUCCUGGAAAUGCAGGCAGUCAGAGAACGUGCUAUAGGAGAGAGCUUGAGUUUGGCCAACAAGAAGCCAAUCAUUCACCAGAAUCUCUUCUUCCAACACCGCCAGACUCUACAGAAGGAAGCCUUGCUGAAGAGGAAUGGGACAGUAAGGCUUACAUGGAGGAACGAGCAUGUGAUGAUUUCCAUGUUGGUGAUGGUCCGAAGGAUACUAAAGCAUACACCCUUCAAGAGUGCUUUGUUCGUUCAUACAACCCAUCAUGCAACUCGUUCAUUGAUCUUGUCUCUGAAGCCUACAACCCAGACUCGUCACUGCAACUCAGAGUACAACCCAAGGAACAGGGAUCGUCAGUUAGACUUUGGCCACGAGAUCAGCAUUCGUACCACCACGAUGGUGUAUUGUCUCAGCUGCAUAGUGUUGUCAACCCGAUACAGCCGAUUAGGGGAGUCGAAUGGAGUAUGGAUGAGCGAAUACUGGUUUAUUCGCCAACUCACAUGGCUUCUGGACAAUUGAGGCCCCUUGUGCUCAUUUCGUUCGACCCAAGCUUCAUUCUUCCAGGCUUUCCAAACUAUGGAUGUUGCAGUGGGGAGAUGGAGUACCAGCUCAAUGAUCCCCCUCAUAUGCAAGACACUAAUGCUAUUGGUGCACCGAAUGAAAUGCUGUCACAGUCAACUCAAGGAGAUGACGAGUAUUCAUCGGCGAGUGAAGAGGAUCAAAACACCGGUUCCAACUUCGUUAAAGUGCGGCCAUCGCUUUAUCGAACGAUGAACAUGGGUAGUGGGAAUGCACAUGGUUUCAAUAUGUCAUAUUGA